AUCCACCUCAACCUCCUAGCAACCCCAACAUCAGACCUCAUAAACUUCCAUCGCCUCUCACUGCAAACACAAGAUGGAUGACGACGGCGAAAACAAUGCCUGGGUAUCCAAUGACCUAGAGAUCCUCCGAUCUGGCUUGUAUGCCGAUGCAAAGAUCAUCUGUAACGGCGGGCUUUCCACUAAGGUCCACCGCAAUAUCCUAGCAAGCCGCUCGUCGUGGUUCAAGACGGCAUUCUCUAGUGACCACAUAUCGGGUGGAUUUCGCGAGGUCACUGGAAGUAACGAGAUCACGCUCGAAGAAACCGCCUCACAAGUCAAACUGAUGCUCCACUUUCUCUAUGCUGGCAGCGUCGACCAGACCGACGAGACCGUCACAGGCGGCCGCGACACCAUGAUCCUCGGCAUCGACCUCAUGCGGCUGGGAGAGAGGUAUUGGUCAGAGGACAUGGAACAAUAUGGUAAGGCCCUCCUCGUGACGCACCUGGGGUCGAUCCUCGACCGCGUCUGCCACACGGGGCUCACGGUCCCAGUAAUGGAGGCCCGGUUCGCGGCGGAGGAGGACGAGGACGCCUUCCCCACCAUGUUCUGCCUGGCCGUGCGCAACGCAUUCGUUGAGCGGCCGGUCAAGUUGGCGCAGCGCAUCCUGGCGGACUUCGCCUUCGCGGCACGGCUCCACCUGUUCAAGAAUGCUGAUUUCGUCCGCCUCAUCACGCAGGGGCAGGUUCGGAAGUUCGGAAACCUGGUUCUCGCCUCGAUGAUCACGGGUGACGUGUCAGGCGAGUUCUGUGGCAACACCACAUUCGCGAAGUGGCAGGACUGGAGGUUCUUUCCGCGAUCCCCUGCGCCCGUACCAUUUCUCGUACGGAUUCCGCCUGGCCCGAGGCCAGCCGUCGAAGCAACUGGGGACUGGACUGUUGAAACUCCAGGCUGGUUUGACACUGACUAGACAGGCUGGACUGGAUGGGUUUGCGAACGGAUUAAGCAGCUAAUUGAGCCGCUUGACCAUCGGAAAACAGCAAUUUCAUGCUGGAUAAUGUUGGAUGGAUCACUCGGGAUGGCAAAAGGCCAGGACUGUUGGUAUGUUUUACUUGAUCCAGGCUAUCGCAGGGGACAGGCACGUGUGAUACCAGUGCAGAACUCACCAGGGGCCAUCCAGAUAGACCACUUCCAUAAGCACUGGGCUUUUCAUCUUUCUCACCUCCCACGUUUUGUUGCCUGUUUGGCCUUGCCAUUAACUUUCCUGUCGCUUGACCUUUGGCUGCCCUGAUGCCCCAGGCCACCCCUCGACACAACCACAUAAGCCCAAAAGUUGGAAGCUCUCGCAAACUCACAUUUCAAACCACGUCCGAGACCCGACUGCCACAACAACACUGCCAAAGCGGGAUCCUCAACCCACCCACUUCCAGAUGUCGACCAAACAAGACCCCGACCCCCUGGGGAUCCAACAUCCACCAGAGGCCCAGCCUCCAGGCACUCCAUCCCCGCCGCCAAGGCCUUCGUCCCUGCCCUCAUCGACUUCUCGAUCCCCGUCAAAGCCCUUCUCCCUCCCAAAGGCCGAGCCGUUGAAGCUCUUCUCCC